AUGCCAGUGCUUGCCAUUGAGGAUUAUCAAUGCGGCGAUUUACGGGUUGAAGGAACUGUAGUAGCAGAGCAAGUUAAAGAACAAUACUCUAUGACUUUACAACGCCCUGGUGCUGGUCGCUUCUCUAGGGACAAACAUUUUGGUUAUGCGUACUUCUUAAUUAAAUCUUCCGAACCAGAUUCGCCAACAUUCAGAGUUAGGGUGUCUUUUGGUUUUGGUAAAUCGAUAUUGGGAGUGGAAUAUGAAGUUGACGAUAUAUAUUAUGCAUGUAGACCAGGACCAAGUGUGCGAUGA